UUCCGAAUUACUCCUUCCUCAAGUAAAUCUCAAUUCCAAGAACCUUCCUACUUCAAUCACUCAAUCUGUAUCUAUAUAUAUUUGAUUUAUAUCAGCACAUUAUACAGAAACAAUUCAAACAUUUAAUAUUUUUAUUUCCCAAAACAUAUUUACAAAAAAUGGGUAUGGUGUUCGGGAAAAUCGGUGUUGAAACUCCCAAGUACGACGUCGUAUCCUCCAACAACGAUUACGAGAUCCGACAAUACCCGCCGGCGGUGGUCGCCGAAAUAACCUACGAUCCCGCCCAAUUGAAAAACGACAAAGAUGCUGGUUUUCCGAUCUUAGCCAACUACAUCGGCGCAUUCGGCAAAGCCCAGAACACCAAAGCCGAGAGCAUCGCCAUGACAACUCCGGUGAUAACGAAGGCGCCGCCUCCGUCGGAGAAGAUAGCCAUGACCGUGCCGGUGGUGACCAAGUCCGGCGGCGAGCUGGUGACGAUGGGGUUUAUACUUCCGUCGACGUACGUGAAGGCGGAGGACGCGCCGCGGCCGGUGGAUGAGAGGGUUGUGAUAAGGGAGGAAGAGGGGAAGAAGUACGCGGUGGUGACGUUCAGCGGGGUGGCGGGUGAGAAAGUGGUGGCGGAGAAGGUGAAGAAGCUGACGGAGUUUCUGGAGAGAGAUGGGUGUAAGGCGGCCGGGGAUUUUGUGCUGGCUAGGUAUAACCCGCCGUGGACUCUGCCGCCGUUUAGGAAAAAUGAAGUUAGGAUUCCGGUCGAGUGAUUUUCGGGAAUCCGUUGAGCCGGUUUUAUUUUCAGUGUGAAUGAUUAAUUAUGUCGAAUUUAUUUACGUGUAAUUGUGAUUUUAUUUUAAUAAAAAAAUUAAUUACAUUAAUCACUUCCCUGUUAAGCAAUGUCAUGUGGAGUAUAUUGUACGGAAAUUUCAAAUUUCAACAUGUUAAUGUUUAUGUGUUUUGUGUCGGAAA